AUGUUAAUAAGCAACUUGUAUGUUUUUUUUUGACAACACAACUUGUAUGUUAUUUAAGCCCUAUGGUGCAAAUUUCAACCACCAAUGGCAAUGAUGGAUCGGGAUUAUCCGUCGUAAUUGUCAUAUAAUCAACGUCGGUCAUUAAAAAUUGAUUAGAUGAUUAUGAUUGAUUCAAUAUAGUUUCACACAAUUUUGAUCUUAACCGUUUAUUUCUGAUUGGACGGUCUACAGUAAUUACUGCGUUAACGCUUGUCUAUAAUCCGUUUUUCCAAUUGAUAAGGUUUAGAUUAUUGAAUAUGUCGAAAAUCCCACACGACGAAAAUCCAAAAGAAAGAAUAAGGAACAAUAAAAUUAAGAUACCAUGUUCCAUGUCUUGUUAUAAUCUCACAAAACACAAGAAUUUGAACAAAGUUCUUCUAAUGCUUAGUUAACAAUUUGAACAUUCCAAAGCUUCUUGUUGCAAAAGAAUCUCCGUCUAAGAAGCUUUUAUAAUCAAACUCAAAACACACAAGUUCCUUCCUAAUCCUCAAACAGAAAAAAUGAGCAACCCAAAAACACUUAUAGAAUUUUUUGAAAAGGAAAAGCCUCUUGUACCAUCUUCACCUACUUCAGGAAAUGAAGAAAUUCUCUCAACAGUUUCAUACUGCACCUUUGUUUUCACAUUCACUGACCCUUCAGAAUCUCCUGCACAAAGAGACUCUAAGAGACUUCAACUUUCAAGACUCAUAGCUAUGUUGAAAUCCUCCAAAAAACCAGUGCAUGAAAAAGUUGUAGGACCUUUAGUAUCAAUGAUCAAAGCCAAUCUUUUUAGGCCACUCCCUCCACCUACAAACCCUUCUGCUAUAUCAGAAUUUCUUGAUGAAGAAGAUCCUAUUUCAAUAUUUUCACCUUUAUGGUCACAUCUACAAAUAGUUUAUGAAAUCUUACUUAGGCUUGUUAAUAGCACAGACAGCAAAAUACUUAGAAACUAUAUGGACCAUUCUUUCCUUCUUAAUCUGUUAUCGCUUUUCCAAUCCGAAGAUCCGAGGGAACGCGAGAGUUUGAAAAAUGUGUACCAUAAGAUAUAUUCUAAGUUUGUUUGCGACCGUUCUGCGAUGAGGAAAUCAAUGACUGAUGUUUUGUUGAACUAUGUUUUUGAGACUGAGAAACAUUCUGGUAUUGCUGACUUGCUUGAGAUAUGGGGAACUAUUGUUAAUGGCUUUACCGUGCCACUCAAGGAAGAGCAUAAGUUGUUUCUUAUGAGAGUGUUGAUUCCUUUACAUAAGACUAAAGGGAUGCAAGUUUAUCAUAGACAACUUGCUUAUUGUAUAUCACAGUUUGUGCAGAAGGAGCCUAUGCUUGGAGGUGUUGUUGUAAGGGGAAUUUUGAGAUAUUGGCCUGUUACAAAUUGUCAAAAGGAAAUUUUGUUGAUCGGUGAAUUGGAAGAUCUUGUCGAGAAUUUGGAUCCUGAUCAAUAUCGUAAAUUGGCCUUGCCGAUAUGUACUCAGAUUACAAAAUGCAUCAACAGUUGGAAUUCUCAGGUAGCUGAAAGGGCACUAUAUGUAUGGAACAAUGAGCAGUUCUAUAAAAUGGCAACAACGGGAACAGUAGAAGUACUUCCAGUGAUAGUAGAAGGUGUGGAAAAGAACUUGAAAUUGCAUUGGAGCAAGAGUGUUAGGCAGUUAACAGAAAGUGUGAAGGUGGUGGUGGAAGAUAUUGAUCCAGAUUUAUAUGCAAAAGCUCAAAUGGACAUGAAAGUUAAAGAAUCAGAAGCACAUCAAAAAGAUAUAAAGAGAAAAAAGACAUGGGAAAGAAUUGAAUUGGCAGCUUCUAAGAAUCAGUUUGUGAAUCCACAAAGAUACAUAUGUGUCUCAAACUGAACAUUAAUAAAUUUAAUGCAUGCAACAUACAUGUCAAUCUUCUUAAUCAUAAGCUAUGUUUAAAAGCAUACUUACACAAGAAGUAUUUAUAACUAAGCAUUAAUGAUAAAUAAGUUCUUUCAA